AAUCGAUUUGCACAUCGCGCUUCAUCAUGCUUAAUUCCAACUUCCCCGACGCACCCCCUCGCAACUAGGCAAUGAAUGAACGGCACUGAGGCACCCACUGUAAUUCUCAUCUUCGAAGAAAACAUCAUAUCCCAUCUCAACAUGAUAGUAUCCCGUCCAGAUCCUCCAUCAUGACAACGGCACAAGUCUUGCCAGGAAUCAAACUCCUGCGAUCGAUACCCUCCCCCAACUACCGACUUUACUCAUCAACCACACAAAUAUUGCGCCAACAUACAAAAGACCAACCUCAAGAAAAUCCCAACAGACCAAGACAAUCACCGAAUCGAAAAGGAACAAAAGGACGGCCUAAAUCACUCCGGAUCUUCAUCCCACCAUCAAACGACCAUGUAUUACCAUCUGGAAAACUGCUCACUACACCAGAAGUCUGGUCAUUUCUUCAAGAAACAGGCAUCGAGUACGACAACUCUAAGGCUACACGUCUGUAUCUGGGGCCUGACGAGCAAAAAGUGAAGGCACUGUUCAACUGCGUUAUUCAAUACUCGCCUCGAUAUAUACUACACCCUUUCCAUCUGCAACAUUUAAGGCCUGGAAUAGCCCCGAUGUUGCCCGUGAUCAUGAGCAAUUACCGACGAAAGUUGGAAGAGGAGCCUCUCUGGACAUACACAAUAUGUAGGGGAGGAAGCAGUAACGUGGUGCGACACCUGAUGGUCAAAAGGUUGACAGGCGCAUUCUGGACAGCCAUGAAAGAUCUCGGAUAUUCAAUGAAUGGCCCACGAGGAACGCUUAUAGUGACGAUCCGCGAUCCUUUGAAAGUCGCCCAAGCCCCAGCUCACAUUUUUGGCGAGGCAGUUGCGAAGCAACUGAAGCAAACCUGGGAAAGAAUACAGGCUUGAAAAAGAGACAUGAGUAGCUGGGCAUACUUGAGAGCCAAGACUGGAUAUAUCGGCUCUAGGUUGCAUUCUACGAAAAAUUGGUGUUUUAGAAAUUGGUGGCAUCCUUAGAAGGGAUAUGAGGGAGUAUCAUUAAGGUCUUGAUUAUGGAAUUUUACGGAAUCCUUUGUCUGAUUUGGAGCCAACGCAGUGGUAGACCUGAGAGAUGGAUCAGAUUAUUCACAUUUGCGUGGGUUAGUAACUCAUGUGUGUACUUGACGCUUUGAUACCAAUGUUUUCGCCAAUAAACUGUAUAUUAAUACACC